AUCCAACGGAAUAUAUGUUCUUAUUUCAUACCAUUUAUCUUUCUUCUUUCUCUUCUUCUUCUCCCAAAAUCUUCCAUUCCACUUUCUGAAACACACAGAAUAGAGUUCACAAGACGGAGGAAUCUGAGUUCCCACGGGAACGACGAUUCCUCAUUUAUGCAGGACAAUCGCUCUUCUGUUUCUCCACGUCCAAAAUGGUGUUACGAUCUCGGUAACAUGCCAAUGUAACAUCUAAAUUCACGUCAAAUCCUCUUCCAGGCAGCCGCUGGAAGUUGCCUGUUAAUUUUCUAAUGCCAUUGUCGUCGAACAAGGUCUCUUCUUUGUGGAGUGGGCAUUUAGUGCCCUGGUGCUUUCGUUAAAUCAUCAUAGAGGUUUAGAACUUUAAAUCUAAUACAAUGGGUGGUUGCACUUCAAAACUUAGUCGAAACCUCAAAGCAUAUAGGAAGUACUCAUCACGAUUUGGAAAACGACGUAGUAAGAUUUCAGCUACCAUUCCUGACGUUAAUAUCAAAGCGAUCGGAGAUUCACGAAAACAUGCUGGAGGUUUCAAGGUCAAUGAGUUUGUUCAUCUCGAUUUUGAGAAGGGAGCUGCGACUAACCGUGCAAGGUCUGAAGUUUCUAACAUGACAUUUCAUCUGAAGCAGCUGCAUUGGAGCCAUGGCCAAAUUGAUGCAAAUGGAGUUUACCAAGAUGAACCAUGGUUCGACUCUGCUAGUAUUUUGGACUCUGACUCUGAUGACGAGGAGUUCAGCAGUGUUCAUGGAGAUUGUUUUCCUUCAAUUGGAGACCCGAAUGCUCAAUUGUUUCAGUAUGAAAGCACAUCGUGCUUCAUUGACACUGGAUGUAUGUAUGAAGGUUUCUAUGAAAGUUAUCUCAAAAUCGAUGGGGGUGCGCAGAACUUUGAAUAUAAGAGUCAGGAGCUCAAUAUGAAUACUUGCCUGCCUUGUUUUCCUCCUCCAGCUAGUUGCAAUGAGAAGAAUCGUUCUUCUAAUACCCAACCGGAAAAUCAAAAGAAGUCGGCAGUUAUCAUGCUUUCUGUUAAGAGAAAGUCUGUUGACGGAUAUGAACGGACUGAGUUUCGUACGUCAGAGAAAAUUUUGUACCGCCCAACAGCAGGACUUCAAAUUUCAUGUGCAAAGGGAGAAAAGUUAACUCCGUCGUCCUGGUCCCCUAUAUCACCUUCAGUCUUUAAGCUUCGCGGAGAAAACUAUUUCAGAGACAAACAGAAAUACCCUGCUCCAGAUCUCAGCCCAUACGUACCAAUUGGAGUUGACUUGUUUCUCUGCCCGCAGAAGAUAAAUAACAUUGCUCAGCAUAUUGAACUUCCACAUGCGAAAGCACAUGAAAAGCUACCAUCAAUAUUAAUUGUUAACCUACAGCUGCCUACAUAUCCAGCUUCCAUGUUCCCUGGUGAUUACAACGGAGAAGGGAUGAGCCUGGUACUGUAUUUUAGACUGAAUGACAAGUUUGACGAAGAGAUAUCUCUUCAUUUUCAAGACACCAUCAAGAGGUUGAUUGAAGAUGAAAUGGAAAAGGUCAAAGGAUUCACAAGGGAAUCCUUGGUUCCUUUCAGAGAAAGGUUGAAAAUAGUGGGUGGGUUGGUUAAUCCUGAAGAUCUCCAAUUAAGUGCUACUGAAAGAAAGCUAGUUAGUUCUUAUAAUGAAAAGCCAGUGCUUUCACGACCUCAACACAACUUUUUCAGGGGAAAAAAUUAUUUUGAGAUUGAUUUGGACAUACAUAGAUUCAGCUAUAUAUCAAGGAAAGGUCUCGAAUCAUUCCGUGAUCGUCUGAGGCAUGGGAUACUUGACAUUGGUUUAACAAUCGAGGCACAAAAACCUGAAGAACUGCCUGAGCAAAUGCUGUGCUGUCUACGAUUGAAUAAGAUCGAUUUUGUAAACCAUGGGCAGAUACCUACAAUUAUGAGUGCGUAAGUGAAACUUGAGUGUUGGAAGAUGAUUGGAAAGCCAACAUUCCUGUGCAUUAUCAUCACCAAUGAAGUAAAAGGGACAAUAGAAGACAAGUGUAUUUAUUUAAACAUAAGCCCAAGGCCUUUGCAAAAUGAUAGGAUCUUAGAAACAAAGCUUGAGAUUCAUUUUUAUUGAUACCAUUGUUUUUUUUUUCUUUCAAAAUCUGUGUUUUCUUAUGCUGUGGAUAUAAAUAUUCAUAUCCAAAAAACUACUCAUGCUAAGAUUUUAUAACAAAAUUACAGAUAUAUUCUAUUCAUAUGGUUGGAUUUUGCAA